AUGGGUGGCUGCACUCCCAAAAACCCUCCCAAGGGCAGUGGCGACCCCAGGGGCCCUGCCUUGGAUGGCAGCGCUCCCAGGGUACCUCCCAGGGGCGCGGUAACACCAGGAGUCCUCCCUGGUACGGUGACGUCCCCAGGAGCCCUCCUAUUUGUGGCGGCACUCCCAGAGGCUCACCCACGGGCGGCGAGGUGCCCUCCAAGAGGCGGUGGCGACCCCAGGGCCGCCAGCGCACCCAGGCCCCUCCCAGGAGCGGCAGCAUCCCAAGGAGCCCUCCUUAGGGGUGGCAGUGCCCCCAGGGGAACUUUCAUGGGCCCUCCCAGGGGCAGUGAUGGCCCCAAAGGCCCUCCCAAAGGCGAAGGCGCCCUCAGGAGCUGUGCCAGGGGCGGCAGUGCCCCCAGGAGCCCUCCCAGGGGCGGUGGCGCCCUCAUGGGGCCUCCUAGGGGCCUCAGCACCCUAGAGGCCUUCCCAAGGGUGGCGACACCCCUUAAGGCCCACCCACAGGUAGAGGCGCCCUCAGGAGUCCUCCUAGGGGCGCCGAGGGUCAUCCAAUGA